AUAAUACUGCACACUAAGACAAAACGGAAAGUAACACACAAUACAUAUUUGGUCUUCUCACCUAAUAAUGUCCUCACAUACUUUCCCCUUCUGCAAACAAAUUCAUUUCAGUACUCUACUCACUCACCAAAUGAUCAUUUUUUCCCGUUUUAUAUAAAUCAUUUCCCCUUCAUUAUUAUUUUCCUGAGUCCUGACCACAUCACAUCCCAACCCUCAAAACAAAGACAGUUUGAGAGUAAGUGUGAUGGUUUCUGAAGCAAAGGCAUCAGAGCAAGAGAGCAGCAUACCAAGGCUCCCUUUGUUCUCUGUCUCACCAUUGCAAAAGCAAAUGGAGUCCCCAGAGAGACCUGGAACGGUGACUCCACCACUGCAAACCUCAGGUUCAGUACCCUUUCGCUGGGAACAAGAACCCGGAAAGCCGAGGCUUUGCAAUGCUCUUGUCCCCUUCAUCAAUCCCACUGAAAAAUGUUUAGAGCUUCCUCCGAGGUUGCUAGUGCCAUCUCCAACUCUUUUGCAGCAGGGUCCUUAUGUAUCCAGCAACAGAUUCCGGUCACCGUCUUUUAAAAUUGACGAAGACAACAGUUGCUAUGGUUCUUUUAGUAGUGAUAGAGGGUUACUUGGUAGUACUAUGGAUGUCUUUAUCAAAAGAGACAGUGCUUGGUUCGGUUCUUGGAGGAAAAAUGUCAAAAGAGAUCAGAUCAGUGGGGGUAGUCAUGUUUUUCCAUCUUCUUCUACUGGAACCAUUGGCAUUGCAGAACCUACUGUCACUCACAACAAGAUGAUGAAACGUUCUGGGAGCUCUUCCAGCCUCUCUCAUCAGGGCAAGUCUCGUGUCUGGACAACCAUCCGUCAAGGGAUGAAGCAGGUGGUUCCACUUAAAUGGAGGAGCAAAAGGCUGAAGAAGAAAGAUGGGAAUGGCCUUAGGCUUUGAGAUUUUGCCGGUAAAGAAUCAUGUGUCUGCAAAACUAUCCAGGGCAUCAUCUGUACUAUAUUAUCUUUAUGUAUGUGAUGAUAACUAUGACAUGUUCAUUAUAGUGGAAGACACAACACAACUAGCUUUUCCUGCUGCUACGCUAUUGUAAAAGUGUGUGUGGGGUUAGUUCAUGCUGAAGUCUCUGUUUUCUAGUGAGAUGGUGAUAAGUUGUACAUGGUUUUUUUACCAACUAGUAGAAUUUAGUAAUAGGUGUAUCUCAAUUAGUAAUGUGACAAUUACUACUACUCUCUUCCCUUGCAUAA